AUGAAAGCCAAUUUAGCACCAAGACGAGUUCAAACUGUUGCUUAUCGACAUCGUUCGGCUAAUCCGAAGGAUGAACAUUUCGUUUCGAAAGUUUACUAUAACUCUAGACUCGAAGAAGCAAUCGCCACAUUGGAACUGAAAUCGCGCGCAGACUUUUCCUAUUGGAAUUUAGUUGACGAUGACAUGUCCACCAUCGUCACACGUGUUGUUAACGGUAAGCAAUGUACAGAACUCGAUUUCUGUGGAAACAAAUUUACGUGCAAGGGGAUAUCAAUCUUAGCUUAUCGGCUGCCGAACAAUUCCACAUUGAAAAGUCUCGACUUAUCGUAUAACUUUCUCCGAGAUUCGGGUAUUUAUUUAUUAAGCGAAGUUCUUCUACCAGAACAUUGUGUAUAUCUGAAAAAGCUUGUUCUGAACAAAAAUGGGAUUACGAAUGAUGGAGUGAAGUAUAUUACUAAUAUGCUGAAAAGCAAUCAUAUGUUAACAGAAUUGUGGUUAUCGAACAAUGAAAUUGGCAAUGAUGGUAUAAAACAAUUAGCAAGUGUUCUAAUCAAAUAUAAUCGAACGUUGAAAUUAUUAGUAUUGUCGUUUAAUGUUUUUAUUACAGACGAAAGCGCUGAUUAUCUCGUUGAAGUACUAGAACGUAAUCAAACGUUGGCCAAACUUGGAAUUAACAAUUGUAAUCUAUCUGAAAUAGGCAAAGCUAAACUUCGACAGAUUGUUAAUACCAAAACGAAAUUUAAGAUGAAAAUUUAG